CCGGCGCGCAGCUGGGGAGCUGGAGGCGGCGGAGGCGCAGCGGGAGGAGCCCGCGGGGCGCAUGCCGGGCGGGGGUCCGCAGAGCGCCCCGGCGGGUGGCAGCGGGGCUCACCGCACAGACAACCAGGAUUGCAUACCACCUGCAGCAUCUUUUCGGAGGAGGAGACUGCCACGGAGGCCGGGCUACAUGAGAAGCACAGCUGGGCCCCAGAUCAGGUUCCUCUCCUCAGCAGUGGGCACUCCAUUCUGGGUCCAGGGAGGGGUUUGUAGUGAGGAGUCCAGGGCUGCAGGCUGUGGCCUUGACUCUAGAAGCCAGUGGCAAAGUCCCUCUGUUGGGAACCCUGUCCCCAAGGGCACAACAGCCUCCAUCCUGACCUCUGGGGGCCACCUCCGCCUGGCCCUGAGCCCUGUGAGAGGAGCCACGGGACUCUUUGGGAUUCAGCUUCGAGCUGCCACCAAACUUCCCAAUAGGCUAACCAGGUCAUGUGGCCCUGGGGACAUUGGCUGUCAGAGGGAGCUUCCAUCCAUGGAGGAUGCUGAGCCCCGAGACCUGGGCUGUGAUGCAGCCUGCAGCGAAGGAGCAAGGGAUACCUUGACAAAAGGCUCUCUGACCUCAGAGGAGGUGAGUAGCAAUAGCUGCAGCCUUGGAAGUGACCUCAAGGCCCCCUCAGCUCCGGAGGGCUGUCAGGAUGCCUUCACCUCCAACUUUAGCUUCAUCCGGCUCUCACUUCACUCUGCUGGGGAACGUGGAGAAGCAGAAGGCUGCCCACCAUCCAGAGAAGCUGAAGCCCCUUGUCAGAGUCUAGAGGAGAUGGCAACCAAGGCUGCUAGCUUGGAAAGGCCUCAUGGGGACCCUCGACUUUUCUCUCCGUCCUUCAGUCUCAACUCAGCUCAGGGCCCAGAACACUGUGUGCAGGCCGCAGGGGGCAGUCCCAGUUUGGCUUGUGAGAAACUUGCUUUAUUGGCUGCUGACACUGCCUCUUCCUGCUCCCCGGAUCCCUCCUGGCUCCAGGGUAACAUCUCGGGGGAUGCCCACCCCUUGGACCUACUUUUCAGGAAAUGUGAGUCUGUGCUACUGGACUGCCUGCUGAGCCACCGGAGGCAGCUGGAGGUAAAAUCAUUAAGAUUAAAUCUGCAGAAACUUCAAGAAAAAGCAAUUGAGGAUGAUGAUUAUGAUAAAGCUGAGAUGUUAAAGCAAAAAUUAGAAGAUUUGGAGAAAGAGAAAAGCGACCUGCAGCUUCAGCUUCCCUCCCAGCAGCCAGCCCUUCGCAUCCUCCUGCGCCAGCUGGGAGCACAGGCCCAGGGUGCUGUGCACCGGGCUCUGCAGGUCGGCAAUGAUGGCUCCCAAACCACACUCAGAAUGGAGCUGAAGCCAUUGGAGCCCAAUGCUCAGGACAACCUGCAUGCGUCUAUCUCCAGACGAGAUUGGCUUCUUCAAGAAAAGCAGCAAUUGCAGAAAGAAAUUGAAGUCCUCCAAGCAAGAAUGUCUGUGCUGGAAGCAAAAGAUCACCAGCUGAGGAAGCAGAUAGAAGAGCUGGAGCAGCUUCUUCCAUGGCAGGGCUGUGACUUGACCCCGCUGGUGGGCAGGCUGUCCCUGGGUGAGCUGCAGGAGGUCAGCAAGGCCUUGCAGGACACCCUGGCCUUAGCCAGUCAGAUCCCACUUCGUGCAGAACCACCUGAAACCACAAGGAGCCUGCAGGAGAGGAUAAAAUCCCUCAACUUGUCACUUAAAGAAAUCACUGCCAAGGUGUGCAUGAGUGAGGGACUCUGCAGCACUCUAAGGAAGAAAGUUAAUGACAUUGAAACCCAACUACCAGGCUUGCUUGAAGCCAAAAUGCUCGCCGUAUCAGGAAACCAUUUCUGUAUGGCCAAGGAGCUCACGGAGGAGAUUAGAUCACUAACAUCAGAGAGGGAAGGGCUGGAGGGACUCCUUAACAAGCUGCUGGUGCUGAGUUCUAGGAAUGUCAAAAAGUUGGGAAGCAUUAGAGAAGAUUACGACAGAUUGAGAAGAGAACUGAACCAUGGGGAAACAGCUUAUGAAACAGUUGUGAAGGAGAAAACAAUGAAAUACAUGGCGGUGCUGGAGGAUAAACUGCGCAGGAAUCUUACAUCUUUUCUGCAGAUCUUGGAGAAAAAUGUGAAGCCAUAGGCAAGAAAUUACUGUACUUAGAAGAUCAACUUCACAUUGCAAUCCAUAGUCACGAC